AAACUAGUUGAUUUUGUGGUCUGAUCGAACUCAAGGUUUUCUUCGCCAUGCCUGGUGAAGAGAAUUCACCAGAUGAAGAUGGCCCGAAAUAUAAAAUCUCCAGCUUUCUUUUUGGGAACGUUAACAAAGAAGGACAAAUCGAGGAAUAUCAACAUGAUGUUGAAUUGAAAUCUAUCAAUAACUUAGACCGAUGCCACGUGAGAGAAGUGGAAGAAGCUGCUUCAGACGUGCUUUCUGACAGUAGUGUUAUACCUUCAGUAUCACCAGAGGGUGGUGGUGUUCAGUCUAUUAACAAUAUAAGCUCAAUAGACUACUAUAACGAAGAAGAAACGUUGGCGGAAGAAGUUGUGGAGAAGGUCUUAUACGACAUGAAGCCUGAAAAAAUUGAAGAGGAUGAUUAUGAUUUAAUCGACUCAGAACCAGAACGGAGUUUGACGCCCAAAAUGGAUUUGGAUUCGAGGAUACUCCAUAAAGAGGGAUAUGCUUCGCCAGGAAGUGGGACUAUUGAGUCAGUCCCAGAGGAAUCGUCCCUAAGUGAAAUUAAUGUAAUAGGAUUUGACAGCCAGCUUAAAAGAGAGGACACAUCAUCACCACGUACUGAGUCAGUCUCUCCGAGCAAACCAAUAAGUUAUGCUCAAAUCAGUGUCUCCGAAGAUACAACUCUUAUUAUGCCUCCUCCAUUACAUCCGGCACCGCUUUCAAUCUCUCGUUCAAAUCAAAUUAAGCCCGUUUAUUCACGAAGUGUUGAUUCGCCAAUCACUAGUCCAGUAACCAUCGGUUGUAACUUAGAAUCAGUUAAAAGUCCAGGGUACGCCACUACUGCUUCACAUCAUCAAGACAAUGCUUUAAAUACUCCCCUGGGUAGUCUUAUGCCUCCAGAAUACAUGAAUGUAGAUAUAAAAGAACUUUUCCCUUCAUAUGAUCCAGGAAAAACACCCUUGUGGGGACGUUUAUUUAAAUUACCGCACCAGCUAGGAGUUUAUCGUGAGUUUAUUGAGCACUAUGACUAUAUGGAAGAGAUUCUGUCACAAAGACCAUCACGAAGUGAUCGGUUGCAUCUUUUAUAUGAUGGAUUUUUGGAUCUUGGAGAAAUUCCUUUACCCGAAGAAAUCAAUUGUCAUGAUGAAGUAGUCGAGUUGAAUACUCCACCAAUCCCAGGUUUAGAUUAUUUAGCUGGCAGUGAACAUUCAUGGUGGCGUAGAGCCUUUAGAAAUGCACUUGACGAAUUAAUGAAUCCUAAAAAAGCUGAAGCCUAUGAACAAGCUGAUGGUGUUGAUAAAAAAACGUCUACACAGAAACAACAACUAGAAUCUGAUGAAAUUCAUAAACAUGACGAUUUAAAUGAAACACUUAAUAAUGACAUAGACACUUAUUUAGGUUGGAGAUUAGGACCGGCAAAAUAUUGGUACGAUCAGUUAGGUCUACCAUUAGAUAUAAAUAUUUCUGAAUGGACAGAAUGGCGUCGACCACUAACAUCCACCACUACUACUGCCUGUAGUAUUAAUAAUAACAACGACUCCAAUUCACUCUCUCUUCAUUCCUCAACUAACUCUGAAUAUGAAGCCCAUGAUUGUGGUAAUUUAGAUACAAAUAAAUUAGUCAAUGAAACAGUAUCUGAAGUACCAACUUUUUCAACUAUUAAAAAAGAAAAUAUUGAUGAAUCGUUCCACAGAGGUUAUUCAGAUCAAAUGUGCAGUAAACAAGAUCCUGAUAGUUGUCAACAGCGGUUGUCAACUGAAUCGUUAUUUCAUUCAUCUCCAGCUCUACGUAAGAAUAAUUCACGUCCUUUAUGUCUUGAUGAAAUGAAUACACCAAAUCAUUUCUAUUUAUAUCAAAUAUUAAAUUGGGAAGAUGAUAUAAUAUAUGAUCCUCAAUUAAGUGCAAAUAAAAUAUCUACUAAUUCACGUUUAAAUGCUGCCUAUGCCGGUUGGAUACCAUCACAACAUUGUCGUACUAUGGCUUCCUUUCAGGAUGCAUAUCAAGGAAAAUUUCCAUUUAUAUUAAGUUCGAAAAUUAUCAAUGGUUUAACCACAUCCUCUUCAUCAACAACAGGAAUGAUAAUGGAAAAUUUAUUAAAUUAUUCCUCUAAAAAUACAUCACUAUCACCAUCCUAUCCAAACCAUCAUCAUCCACCUUAUUCAAUAUUUCCAAUUGAAAACGAGGGUAUAUUAAACAAUACAUGGGUACAUGAUAUAAUUUAUGAUUCAGAUUUACCGAUUAAUCAACAACUUCCUCCAUUUUUACUUACAUUAGAUCAAAAUGAUGAAACAUGCAUUUUAGAACCGAUCGAUGAUUCAACUAUUGCUUCAGUAUUAUCAUCAAUACGUAAUCAACGACAGAAACGUUUAAUGCAUCGAGGCUAUGACACGGGAGAAUCCGAUACAACAGCACUAGCAACAAUGGGUACAGCAACAUCGAUGAUCACGACGACGACGACGACAGCACCAACAAUAUCUACAACAGGAGGUGAUUAUUCGAAUUCUUUGUCAACAAUUGGCAGUAAUACUACUGGUCAUAAUCUACGUGGUAAUGUUAGUAGUAGUAACAUUUCAAAUAUUCAUGAUAAUAAUUGGUCUAAUUCCAAUGGAUUAAAUGAUACUGACAAUGCUCUAUCUCAACAUAAAUCUAAUACUAAUUCAAUGAAUCGUACUAGUCUUCAAGUGAAUUUUGGAUUAGCAUCAACACGUGGUAUGUUCACUGGUGCACUAGCUAAAGCUGAAAAAGGUGCUGAGAAAGUUAAAAUGAUUUUGGGUAAACAUGGUCUGUUAGCUGAAGAUGAUUGGCAAUCAAGUCAAGCAGAAAAAUCUACGAAUAAUACAGAUGAUAAAAAUGAUCACCUUCAAGAUAUCAAUGAAUAUAAUUCAGAUGGUAAUACUUUAGCAUCAGCUGCAGCAGCGGUUUCUGGUAUUCCACCAAAAGAUCCGUUAAAUCUAUCAAAUGAUGAAUAUUAUGCAAUUCGAAGCGGUGCUCUUGCUCUAGGCGGUUUAGCACGUUGUGGUCCAUUACAACAUAGUACUCCAGCAGUUGAAUUAUGGCCACCAUUUUUCCCUACAUACAUGAGUCCACUACGUUUACGUCAAUUUCACAGGGUUCCACUUAAAAGAUAUCUUCGUGGUCCUAUGUCACAGUAUAAUAUACCAUUUCCUGUCACUAAUCUUACCCGUCAUGUUCAUCGUAAAAUGCGUGAACGAGAGGAUGAACGAGCAGCUACCGGUGGUGGUGAAAUAUUUUUCAUGAGAACACCUAGUGAUUUAUCUGGAGCUGAUGGAGAAAUUGUUUUAUUUGAAUUUUCUGAAGAAUAUCCGCCUUUAUUAGCUCAGGUUGGUAUGGCUACAAGAAUCAUAAAUUAUUAUCGUCCAUUGGUACCCAGGGACAGGUCACUUUCACCAUCUCCACAUGCCUAUAGUGAACCACCGGAAUUGCCUUAUGGUUCUCUUGUGUAUGUAGGGGGUUCAGACAGUCCAUUUCUUGGUGUUAUUCGACCUGGUGGUUGUUUACAGACUGUUGAAAAUAGUAUGUUUCGUGCACCAAUUUAUCCACAUACUGUUGCCAGUACAGAUUUCUUAAUGAUUCGUAAUCGUAAUGGAAUCAGUAUACGCCGUGUACCAAAUGCAUUUACUGUAGGACAAGAAGUUCCGCUUAUGGAGGUUCCUGGACCAAAUUCAAAACGUGCAAAUAAUUUUGUACGGGAUUUUCUACAAGUAUUUAUUCUACGUUUAUUUCUACGUAGUACCGAUGAACCGAAACGAAUUAAAAUGGAAGAGAUUCGCAAAGCUUUUCCUAAUCAUUCAGAAAGCAGUGUCAGAAAACGACUGAAAGUUUGUGCGGAUUUCAAACGUACUGGUUCAGAUGCAAGUUGGUGGGUUCUACGCUCUGAUUAUCGAUUACCAUCAGAAGAAGAAGUUCGUUAUCUGGUCUCACCUGAAGAUUGUUGUGCACAUUACAGUAUGCUGGCUGCCGAAUUACGUCUUAAAGAUGCUGGUUACGGUGAAAAGUAUUUAUUUGUUUUAGAUGAAAAUCAAGUUGAAGAAGAAGAAGACAAAGAAGGACAGCCUAAAAUGGAGGAUGAAGUAAGAGCAGCACCAUGGAAUACAACACGUGCUUAUCUUGCUUCACAACGUGGUGGUUGUUUUCUCGAAUUACAUGGUGCCGCUGAUCCUACUGGUUGUGGUGAGGCGUUUUCUUAUUCGAAAACCUCUGCAAAACCUGGUGCAUUGUUUCGGCAAGCCGGUGGAGAAGUUGCAAGAGGUCUAUUAAAAGGGAAACGUACUGUGACAGGAACUGAUGCUGAUCUUCGUAAACUACAUUUACGCGAUGCACGUGCUUUAUUGAGAUCGUUUGGGAUUAGUGAAGCUGACUUAAAAACUUUCAAACGUUGGGAAAUUAUUGACAUGGUUCGUUUCACGUCAACAGAACGAGCUAAACAAGGUGAAGAAGAAGGGUCCGCUAAAUUUGCCCGUGGUAAUCGUCUAUCAAUUAGCGAACAAAUUCGAUGUUAUAAAGAAGAAUGUCAACGUAUAUUUGAUUUACAAAAUCGUGUUUUAUCGAAUUCCGAACUUUUAAGUUCCGAUGAAGAAGUGAGCAGUGAAGAUGACGAAGAUGAAGUCACUGGGACUGAUAGUGUUGGUCAGAGAUCCACGUUACUAGGUUCACAUAGUUCUAGUACAACAAGUAAUUCAAUUGGAGGUGUACGCCUUUCGAGUUUAUCGUCAACUGCUCGUUCUUAUGCACAUAUGAGCCGUAAUAUUGAAUCUGUAUUAUCAAGUCAAAUGAAUUCUAAAUAUGCCGAUGGUAAAACUGAUGAAAAAGAUCGUGUCAAUCUUAAACGAGCUUUAGAAUCUGGAGAUCAAUCAUCUGGAUUGAAACGACCUCGUAAAACAAACCAACUUCUAUUAAAGGAGAAUAGUUUAUCGGGUAACGGAGUGGAAUCCAGUGAAACUGUUUCCGUUGUCGGUAGUAAUAGUUCUAGUGUGGUGUAUGAUGCUAGUUCUACUGCAGCUGGUACAAUUUUGGACUUAACACCACCAUGGCCUAAUGCUAAUAAAAAAAUGUUACGUAUUAUGCGUACUUAUUCAGAAGAUGGACAUCAAUAUACUAGAACAGAACUUGUUCCAUGGUCGCCUGUUGUAGAGAUUUAUUUGAAAAUACGUCAAACUCGUGAUGAUGAUUUCAUCCAUAAUUUUGUCGAUUCAGAUAAUCAUUUCCGUGAACAACAAAGAAAAGAAAAGAGAAGAUUACAAGAUCAGCUACGUCGCCUUCGUAAACAACAACAAGUAAUGCGAGAACGUGGCGGCGUCACUGGUAGUUCAAUGCCAGGUAUGAAAUCCUUAGGAUUAUCAAACAAGGUAAACCGUCAUAGACGUCAUAAAACACUUACGGAAGCAUUAAUCAAAAUGCGUUGCGGUGCUUGUGGUCAAACAGGUCAUAUGCGUACCAAUAAAGAAUGUCCAAUGUAUGGACGAUCUAAUACAUCAUCAUCUCUUCAUAAUGAAGGAGGAAUUCGAAGAACAGCUGCAGAACGUGCUCAACUUCGUACACAAACAACUAUUCGUAAUAUGUCUCGUUCUGGUGAUUUAAAUUCUUUGGAAUCUAGAUCAGAUGAUAGAGAAAUUGGUUUCUUAGAAAAUUAUGGUAAUAGUCGAAAAAUUGAACCAGAUACUAUUGCCGCAGCUCAAGCAUUAGCUUCUCGUCCAGUCUGUGAAUUAUUAGCAGAACAAGAAAAGGAAGAGAAAGCAAACUAUAGUAAUGAUUUAGAUAAUUCUGAUGUUAAACAUUUAAGUAAAGAUUCAGAUGAUUUUGAUGAAUCAUCUAUGCAUGGAGUUUUAGGAGAAAAUGAUAUGACGGUUGAAGGAACAAAAUUAAAACUUCACUCUGGCUUAACUAAAUACAUUAAAGAACAAAAUCGUCGUAAUCUAAAAUUAAAAAUACGCCGUCAGUUACUCGAUCGUUUAGAUGCAGCAGCUGCUGUUGUUCAGUCUGCAAAUUCAAAUAGACGCGGACUAAUGAGUACUACAGGUCGCGGUGGUGGUGGAAGAAAUCGUCGAACUAGUUUAAGUAUGAAUGAUGAUGAUUUUCCAACAAGCAUUAAACACCGUGGGAAUAGACGCCGUAUUGAUCCUCGUGUUGCGUUAAACCAUAUUUUUGAAGGAAUCUACAAGGGCCUCACUCAAAUUCCUGGUUAUAAGAUAUUUAUUCAUCCUGUUAAGGAGAAAGAUUUUCCGAAUUAUUAUUCUCAAAUUGAAACUCCAAUGGAUUUAUCACAAAUACGUAUGAAAAUUAAUGAGAACAGUUAUGCCACACGUGAAGAAUUUUUGUCAGAUAUUCGACUCAUUUAUAGUAAUUCGUCGAAAUUCAAUGGUCGCUAUAGUGCAUACACCGAAACAGCCAUGAAGAUGUGUUCACACGUUAUGGAACAAUUUUGUCAUAAAGAAUUAAAAUUAAUGCGAUUAGAAUCACUAGUUAAUCCUUUGUUGGAUGAAGAUGAUCUAGUCGGAUUAAGCUAUUUAUUACAACAAGCUAUUGAGGCUAUGCGUGGAGUUGAGCAUAGUAGACCAUUCCAUAUACCAGUUGAUAAAAGAAGAUAUCCGGACUAUUAUAAAAUUAUCAGUAAUCCAAUGGAUUUAUCAACCCUUGAAAAAUUAGUGAAAGAGAAUCGAUUUCGAUCACGUGAAGAAUUCUUUGUACAAAUUGAAUUAAUUCUAUCCAAUUGUAUUACAUUCAAUGGAAAUGAAAGUCCAUUAACUGAGAUUGCACAAAAAAUGUUACAAGCUGCUCGUACACGAUUAGAACAAGAUAAAGAAACAUUAGAUACAAUUGAAACAAAUAUACGAAGUCAAUUAGAAAAUGAACCAUAUACCGAAUCAAUUCCAUCUCAAAAUGGUCCUAUAAAUUCUCGUUCAAAUAUGCUAGAAAAUCAAACUAAUCAAAAGAGUACACAUUUAAAACCUUUGUCAACUACUAGUCGAAUUAAUCAAGUUUCUAAAUUAUUGAAACGUAAAUCUAUUAAAUCAACAUUAUGUAAAAAUAAAGACUUAAAAACAACAAAACGAAAGAAAACUCAAAGAUUAAAUACAACUAUUGAUAAAGAAUCAUUACAUUAUGAUGUUAGUUAUAAUAGUUCUGAUGGUCAAACAACUGAUAGAUCAUUGAAUAAAACACUUGAUAUUAUCAAUACUUCAGGUAGUGAUAGGUUGUUACGUCAACGUUCAAGUGGAGCUUGGUAUGGUGUUGACUUGGAAUAUGAUGAUGAUGACGAUGAUGAUGAUGACAACGACGAUGAGCAACAUAAGGGGGAUAACGUUAAUCAUCCCGAUGACGAUGAAAGUGAUAAUGAUAUUCUUAGAAAAACCUCGACCAAACAAGAUAUUAAUGUUUCAAAGCGAUGGACAAUAAAUGAAGAAAGUAGUGAUUUAUACACUUCAAAAUCUGUUACAUCACUUCGUAACGAAUACACUUUAUCUAAAGAACCAGAUUCUGAUCAUACAGAAGGUUCAAAUUAUAUGGGACGUAGUACUGCUGGUCAUGAUGAGAAUUCAUUUGAUUGGAAUUGUCAAGAGGCGACCACUAGUCGAAGCCAUGUAGCAAAUGAUCAAUUAAGACAAAUCGUAUCCAAUCUAAGUGAACGUAGUUCCACUAUAAGUGAACAUACAAUGGGAGAUGAUAAUCUACAGCAAUACGAUUAUGAUAACAAUCAAAUUGUCGAUGAUUAUGCUGAUUACGAUGUGGAUAAUUCGUUAAAUUCUAGUCGAGAAUUGCAUUCCAAUGGAAAUUCACGACAAACAAACGAUUGGAACCAAUAUACAAGUUUAACUAAUGUUGAAGAUGAUGAAAAUGAUGGUAAUGACUAUGAUGACGAUGGUGUGAUUGAACUUCGUUCUCAACAAGAUAAAUUUCCUACUUAUAUUGAUGAAGAAACUCGAUUUUCUGCCGGUAUUUCAGAAAUCCCAGUAUCUACCACAGCUAAUACAAGUCAUUUAGAUUAUUCUCAAUUAGAUUUAAAUGAUGAUUUAGUUGCAAAAGAUUUACAAUUAACUGAUUCAGAUGAUGAUGAUGGUGAUAGUAGUUUAACUGGUCAAGGCGGUGAAUUAUGUACUGAUGAGAAUGAUGCAACUGUUGUGUCUUAUAAUAUCGACCAAGACCAUGAUGAUGACGAUAACCAAGUGCAUCGAAACACCAUACUCCAAUAUACAGAAUAUCAUCAAAACGAAUCCGAAAUGAUUUCUCACAAUGAUAAUUCAUUUACAACAUAUAAUGUACAGCAUAGACAACGUCUCGAUCAUGAUGAUGGUAAUAAUAAUAAUAAUAAUCGUCCUACUUUUUUCAUCAGUGAUGACGAUGAUAAUUAAAAUACUUGAUAAAUCCAUUAAUUCCUUACAAAAAAAAAGAAAACUCAAUCCAUUGUAACUUAUUGUCUAAUCCGUUACAUUUCCUUCCAACCACUUUAGUAUUACUAAUACUGUUGUUUAUAUAUUCACUGCCAUUGUACUUGGGAAAAAAAAUCAUAAUCAUUUUUUUAAAUUUUCAUUGGUUCAUGUGGAGAAAAAUAGGUUUUAUUGUUUUUCCCAAAAAAAAAUUUUUCGCAUACUCAUAUAUCUUCUUGAUAUUUUAGCUGUACAGUAUUAGAUUUUAUAUUACUAUUGUAAAUAUUUUGUUGUACAUUCUCUUUUUCUUUGGUUAAAAAUGAAAAAAAAAGUCAAUUUUGAAUCAACCGAAUUCAUGUUUAGUUAGAUUUAAAUCUCAACAUGGGGACACUUAUUAAUUAUUUAAUUGGCUGGAGAAAUUGUCAUUUAACUCUUGAGUCACUGAUUCGAACCUGGCUUCAACUUCAUAAUCUGAAAAUUGAUCACUAGUGACGAGGCCUAAAGACCCUGCAUUCAGUCGCUUGUAGGAUCAUGGAAGCUCAUUGCUGAAGAAUCUCAAGCUAGGAAAACAAUAACUGUCUAGUGCCUUAUAGACUGCAGCUGGCAUUCAUCUGUGGCAAAAAAACCUAAUUUUAACAUUGAACUAAUCACUGCAAGCCACCAAGCUAAACAAAAACAUCAGGGUCGGAAUAACAAAAAAAAUGAAGUAAACAUUAAAAUAUUUUUAAAUAUACGUCAUAAGAAAACAUUAUCUAUACCAAACUUUUGAAUAAUAUCUGACCUAGACGUGUACAAAUACCAGUUUAUUUUCUAAACAAUGAACAAAACAAAAUUAAUAAUUAUAUAAUUAGUAUUACUGUAAUAGUUGUUAUCAUCAAUGAUAUCAUAAGGUCAAAUGUAAAUAUGUACUUUGUAAGUUUUUAAUACUUUAAUUACAUAUGAUUUUCACUAAUUCUUUAUAAUAGCAGUAAAAUGUCAUGUAAAUACUAGAUUGUUGAAUUUCAUUAAAAUCUUGAAUCGAUCUAAACUAGAAAACCAUUGAAAACGUGCAAGCACAGGACGGCCGCUUCGUUCCACUUUGAGGCUUUUCACCAGUGCACACUUAUAACCUUGAAUCUGGGAGUCGAACCCAGGACCUUCAGUCUCUCAUGCGGACACAACUUCUUGGUAACCGAGACGGUAAUCAGUGGUGUAAAAGUCUAACCUCGAAUAAUCCGCGAUGUUGCAUUGCCUUCAGUUGUCAACUUUCUCACACCAAACAUGGUUUAGCUCCACUGGUCAUGGCUUCUUAUUAGAACGCCGGAAAUUUCUUCUCGAAGCUAGUCUUUAGUGCGCUCAUGAUUCGUGAUUUCAAUGAAAUUUAACGAUUUUCACAACUCUAUACUAGUAUAAACUUUAAUUACGAUUUCAACUGGUUGCUGUCCUUUGUAUAGCUAAGUUUUUAGCUGAAAUUUCACUAACUUUUAAUCUAGCAGAUAGUAAACAGCUGACAUUUUGAUAUUGUCGUCUGCUUUUUACUUGAAAUGUAAGUUUCUUGGGAAAUAUUCUAAUUAACAACGAGUAGACACUGGAUAAUAAUAGAACUAACUGUUUCAAUUGUUUUGCUUAAGUUGAAAACAAUCUUAAACCUAAAUUACUAACAUACAGAAAUCCAGCUUACUCUUAGAUUUAUUAAGAAAACUUCAAACGUGAAACUUUUCCUUGUAAACCAGAUUUUUUUGAUAAUCCCAGUUUCUUCGUGUAUAUUCAAAAGCCUUUAUAACAUAUAAUGACAGCUAGUACGUCCACUAUUACUAAAGUUUUACUCGACCUAUUACUAUUUUGUGAAUUUAUUUUGAAAUAAUUACAUCCAAUGUAUCUAUGUCAGUUAAUUUGUCAUGGAUAAUAAAGUGCCAAUUACAAAUGUGUAUUAUUCGAAUUCGCAACACCUUACAUUAGCUCAAAGAGAGAAAAUCAACAGCCUGAGUACCAUAUAUAGGGAAAUAAUAUCAAUUUCAGUGGAAAACUGAAUGUGUGGAUUAAACAAUUAGGGAAUGAUGAUACCGAAGAGUCAAGUGUAUGCUAAGAAAUUAAACUUCAAACUGAAAGUAAUAUAGAGAAUUUAUUGAUUUUAGGUGACGUCACCCAUUGCCUCCAACCAUGUAUUAUAAUUAUCUUAUGGAUCUUAAAUACAACACAACUAAGCUUAACAGUCAAUGACUUAGUGGGCUGAUACCAUAUUCUUAGAUUUCCUCAGACCUAUUUUAUGCCUUUCAGUAGUAUACGUAGGCUCAGGAAAUGAUUAGAUAUAUGUAACGCAUGUUACAACCACGUUAGAUGAUGAUAUUCUGGUCAUCAUCAACCAACGUAUCAUUUUUACCCACAAUCCUAUAUCUAACACAAUUACUUUGAAAUUUUCAUUACAAAUGAACAGCUUUUUGAAGAUAUUUAUGAUUGAUUAAUUGCAACCCAUAUAUAUCUUCUAUCCUGAUUGACUAUGUUUCAAUCUUCCACUUCAGUCCACCUUACUGCUCAUGAAUGAAUUAUUCACUUUCAAAGUAUACUCAUGUGUUUCAUUUGUGUCACAAAAAUCUUCGCUUCACUUUUUUUGGAUCUCACUACCUUGUUUGUCAUUAAAAAGAAACCAGUUUAUGUAUAGUCACAUAGUGAAUAAAUACUUUUCUUAUUUUGUCAUGAUAUUAUGAUAAAUCUUGUGUAUUUUAGUGAGUUACUUCUGUU